AGCAGUUAAAGCUCACCCAAAAUAGAAAGGUGACAAAUUGGCACCAAAAAGAAAAUGAAAACAAUAUUCUAAUUCUUCCUCACCCCUCUCCGCUGUAUUAUUUGACACCAAGCUAGCUUCCGAGUCAAUUUGGCACAAAACAAACCCCUCUCUCUGUCUCUCUCGCUCUCGCUCUCGCCUCUGCCUCUGGAAUCUACAGAUCUCAAAAACCUCUGUUUCUCUCAGGUACGCAUCGGAUCUCAUUUCCUUUGAUCCAAAAAUUACAAAAAGUAGAGAACUUUAAUCGCAAACCAUGAAUUCCAACUUCGACUUCGAUCUGGGUCUCGGAUCGAGCCGACCCAAAUCGCUCAACGACCAGAAGAACAAAACCUCGACGGGGCAAUCCAGACCCGCCUGGCAACCCCAGACCAACAAAACCACCUCCUGGACUCACCAGCCCGCUCCGGCCCAGACGGUCCGACCUGGAUUAACCAACGCCCCAACUUCCAUGGUCGGCGAUAUCUUCGGCAAGAGUUGGGGUUCCACAGCUCCUUCGGUUUCUAGCACCCCGAUUGCGGUCGUCAAUAAAAACCCAAAUUUGUUCGGAGAUUUGGUCAGCUCUGCAAUGGGUGGUAAGAUCAAUAGUAAUAGCAACGUUCCUUUAAAGAAUGCAACCCCAGCUUCGAAUAAGAGCUCGUUUUCCAUGGGAAACGUGGCCGAUUCGUUGCCCAAAACCACCCCUGCCACUGGUAAUGGUUCGGUGAAAAGCGGUGGUGCAAAUUAUGGUGCUUCUGGGAAUUUUGGGAGUUUUUCUACCGGGUUUAAUACUAGUAAUACGAUUAACAAUAGCGUUAAUGCUAAUAGUAAUAAGAGUCCAAACAUCGGAGGUCCUUCGCUGCGAAAUAUGGGCAGUUCCAGUGUUGGUGUUGGUGGAAUUGGCAGUGGAUUGAGCUCUAAGAAAGACCCAUUUGGUUCUUUGGUUGAUCUGGCAUCAAAACCAUCGGCUACUAUAAAUUCAUCGAGUAAAAGUAACAAUAAAAGUAGUGUUCCUAGUGAUGAUGCUUUUGGAGAUUUUCAGAAUGCUCCAAAGCCAAGCACCACCACUGCUACAUUUGCGUCUAGUGGCUUCUCCUCGAAUGAUAACAGUUUUAUGGGGUCAAACUCGGGUUCUGGCUUUGGGGAUUUUGGGAUUUCACCGAACCCGAACCCUGUUCAGUCUACUAGUAGUGAUCCCUUCGACACUUUAUUUGUCCCAUCAUCGAGUUCAGCUGGAGGUGCUGCAACAGCAAAUAAUGGAGUUGGAGUGCAGCAAUCCUCUGACAUUGAUGACUGGGGGACAGAGUUUGGAGGAGGACAUGAUGUGGGUGGUUCGACAACUGAGCUUGAGGGUCUUCCACCUCCUCCUGCUGGGGUGUCAGCUUCAGCAGCAAAGAACAAAGGAAUGGAUAAUUACAAGCAAGGGCAGUAUCCUGAUGCUAUUAAGUGGCUUUCUUGGGCUGUAGUUCUUCUUGAGAAAUCAGCUGAUAGCUCUGCUGUUGCAGAGGUCUUGUCAAGCAGGGCUUCAUGUUACAAAGAAGUAGGAGAGUAUAAAAAGGCCGUGGCAGACUGCACAAAGGUUCUAGAACAAGAUGAUGCAAACAUAUCUGUUCUCGUACAGCGUGCACUCUUGUAUGAAAGUAUGGAAAAGUACAGACUUGGGGCAGAGGAUCUGAGGACAGUUCUGAAGUUUGAUCCUAGUAACAGGGUUGCAAGAAGCACCAUUCACCGCUUGACACAAAUGGCAGACUAGAGGAUUUUUGAAACUUGAUAAUACUAGUUCAUUCAUUUGGGUUGAUUGAUGCCCUCUCCCCUCCCCUGUUACCAUGAUAGAUUUCUGGGGAAUUAUAAUAUUUUACUUGAUACUUGUCCUUGCCGAUAGUUUCACGUGUAUGCUGGUGUAUUCAGUUUCUUCUGUUGCUUGUGACUGGAAUUUGGAAAUGGUUCUUUGUUACUUGAGAGUGGUGUUGGAAUUGAAAGAUUGAAUUGCAAUGUACAUUGUCUUCCAAAUGUGAGGGAGGCACUCGUGCUAUUAUUUGUUUGU